UCCAAUAUGGUGGCCAGCUUGGCAGACCUACGGUUCUUGUUGAUGAUAUUGUUGCUCUGCGGGAGGAUCGGGGACGGCGCCUGCAGCCAGCAAGCCCCGCGCGUUCUGGGGUUGCGACUGGAGGACCCAGAAGACCGGGUGUAUAUGAAGGAGAGGAUCAUCUCUGCGCCGCAAGGGGCCAGUUUCAAGCUCCGGCUGUUCGGCUCGGAUCUGAAUGGUACCUGGCCGUGGGUGGCGUUCGCUGGGGCUAGACUGGGAGAGGCCGGGGCGGUGGGGGAUGCAGCCGACCCGUGUGGGCAGGAGACCCGCCGUGACACCUCCGCCUUCCAGGUCACCGGGGAGGUCACGGCGGACGAGGAGUACAGCGGGCUGAUAGAGGUACAGGUGCGGGACAAGAGCAUUAUGUCUCUCGCUGCAGGGGAGGAUGCCAACCCGACCUACCACCUGUGUGUGCUGAAGAGCGGGAGUUGGGUGUCAGUGGGACCGGACAGGCUGCGGAUCAACAACGAAAAUGGUCUCCCAGUGGACUACAUCCCUCCGUGGGGUGUGGCGGUGCUGAUUGUGCUGCUGAUCCUGGUGUGUGGGGUGCUGAGGACUGUGAACCUCAGCCUGCUUUGGCUGGACCCUCUGGAGCUCUAUGUACUGCACAGCUGCGGCUCUGAGGAAGACAAACGGGCCGCCAAGCGCCUCGAGCCCAUCCGGAGAAGGGGCAACUUCCUGGUGUGUUCUCUGCUUUUCCUGUGCGCUCUGGGCCAUUCGGUUCUAGGUGUGCUGCUCUACCGGGCAGUGGGUUCCAUAGCGCCCGCCGUCUUCACCAGCGGGUGCCUCAUCUUCCUGGUGUCAGAGCUGGUUCCACACAUAGUGUGUUCUGGCUACGGCUUCCAGCUGGCCCCAGGCCUCACCUGGCUGGCACAGGUGUGUAUGGUGCUGACGUGCCCACUGUCGUGCCCACUGGGCCUGGUGCUGGAUCUGGCACUGAGGCGUGACAUCAGCACCUGCGGCGUGAGGGAGAGGGCCAUGGAGAUGAUACGCACCAAUGUCAACGACCCCUACAGUGAGUUUGUGAAGGAGGAGUUUAGCCGUGGUGCGCUACGCAGUAAGACCGUGGAGGACAUCCUGACUCCGCUCAACGACUGUUUCAUGCUGCCGUCCACCGCUGUGCUGGACUUCUCCACCAUGUCCGAGAUCAUGCAGAGUGGAUACACACGUGUCCCAAUCUACGAAGACGAGAGGUCCAACAUCGUGGAGAUACUGUACGUGAAGGACCUGGCUCUGGUCGACCCUGAUGACUGUACUCCCAUGACAACUAUCACCAAGUUCUACAACCACCCUCUGCACUUUGUCUUCAACGACACCAAACUGGACGCCAUGCUGGAGGAGUUCAAGAAAGGAAACUCAGCCCUGGCCAUCGUUCAGAAGGUGAACAACGAAGGGGAGGGAGACCCCUUUUAUGAGGUUCUGGGAUUGGUCACCUUGGAGGACGUCAUCGAGGAGAUCAUCAAAUCAGAGAUCCUGGAUGAGUCUGACGGAUACAUCCACAUGAAGGUGAAACGUCCUCUGGCCCCUCUGGAGAUUUCCCAGGAGCCUCGCAGCGUCCAGGAAGAAUUCUCUCUGUUCAAACUUCCCGAGGGUGAACCCAAGAUCCGCACCUCGCCCCAGCUACUGCUGGCCACACAUCGCUUCCUGUCCAGAGAGGUAGAACACUUCAGCCUGGCCCGUGUGUCAGAGAAGGUGUUGUUCCACCUGCUGCGUCACCCCAGUGUCAACCAGGAAGUCCACUUUGACCCCUCCAACCGCCUGAGCGCAGACCACUACCUUUACACACGCAACCACCCCGUAGACUACUUCAUACUGCUACUCCAGGGCCGUGUGGAGGUGGAGAUCGGUAAAGAGGGCUUGAAGUUUGAGAACGGAGCGUUCACAUACUACGGUGUGUCUGCACUCACAUUGCCAACCUCAGUGCACCAGUCUCCAGUGUCGACCCAGCGUCGUUCUCCCAGGGAUCCGUUUGAGUUGGGAGAUGCCACCAGCUCGUCCAGCUACUGUCCUGACUACACCGUCCGUGCCCUCACUGACCUGCAGCUCAUACGGGUGACUCGCAUGCAGUACCUGAAUGCUCUGAUGGCGUCACGUGUUGGCCAGAGCCCAGACCCUUCUGAAAUCAAGAUCCUGCCCAACAGUCAGACCAAGCUGCUCAAUGAGAGGAACAUCACCACGCAAGAGUUCCCUGCAAACUUUUCUUUCUUUGACAACAUUGACAACUACUGUUAGUGUUUUCUGUGUGCAUGAGGUGGCAGUAAAUCCCAGGAGAGUUCCACAGAAGAGGAGGCUCAUGGGUAAUGCGGUUCUCUCCCUCAGAACGACGUGUGUUACUCAGACGACCAACCGACAGUCACGUGCGACUGUUUUUAGGAGUAGACUUCAUGUGUUUAUCUCUGAAAUGCAGUGAUUGAACCUGGCGAGUGUGAGCGUGUGUGUCGCUGCUGCACCAUCCUCAGCUGUACUUCUCAUUCAUUAUGUUUCGCAUUGAAUCAUGACAUUUGUGCGUGUGUUUGCAUACCUCUGUGUGUGUGUGUGUAUGCAUACCUGUGUGUGUGUGUGUGUGUGUGUGUGUGUGUGUGUCUCUCCUCCCUGUUGUAAUUCAGCCUCCUUUCCAAAACGUUACAUUGCCUGUUCCUUCAUUUAUUAUCAGUGUGCCAAAGCGACUCACCUUCACCUCCUGUGGGUGUACGUGUGUGCGUGGAUUGGCAAAAUCCGUCCAUCCAAGCAUUAGACAGAGGGUGGUAAAAAAAACAAAGAAACAGUUGAUUUGCUUUAGUCGUUGAAUUACACGUCCAUGUCAUUUUAUACACUCCCACAUUUCAGAUGCAUACAUAUUUGUAUGUUGAGCCAAAUAUUGCUUGUUUUGGUUGUUUAUACCAUUCAAUGCAGUACUUAUUGCUGCCUAAUGAAGGCCUGUAUUUUUUUCUUUAGUUAGUGAUAGAUCACCCAACAUUUAAUAAAUAUCUAUUUGAACAUUUUCGGUGAACUAUCCCUUUAAGAGAGCUGAUUCGAUGCCCAUUCCUUUGCACAGUCAGACGUUUAGCUUUAGGUCUGAGCUGUGAUGAGCGAGGCAGAUUACCCUGACCCAAUCUGCUUUCAUGCAUUCUUUUUGUGUGGCCAACAAGAUUCAUGAAGUUGCCGUAGUGUGUGUGUGUUUGUGUCAUAUCUAAAGCACCUUGUUGAUUUUUCUCAUCCUUGCUAGCCCAGUAGGUUGAGUUCCAUUAACAUUCCGCAUCACUUGUGUCCAGGUGUGGGAGUGUGUGUCUGCUGUUUGGCUGGCCAUAUGUGUAUUGUCCGUCAGUAUUCAGUCUUACAGACUCCUUCAGGAAACUCAAUUUCCCACGUUGCAGCGUACCUACCCAUGUGUGCAGGGAACACAUCUGUUACCCACUGUAGAGACUGGAAACCUAGAGAACGGCCUGGUCCAGAAUCAACCCCUUGGGCCUUCCCCUAAUGCCUUCCCAUAGCCAUCUAACCUUUCCGUGUAGGCCCAAGUUAUUGAAUUAAUGGUGGUUGAUCUAAAUGAAAGGUGGUGACUCCGCCUAGACCUUGCCAGGCCUAUGGGACCUUUCACCAUGACCUAUCUGAUUUAAUUCGGAUCUGCAAAUAUCAAACAAAGAGGGGGUAGGAGUCUUUGGAGUGGAUCAGAGUGCACAGUGCAGACCAUAGCAAAAUGUUUUGCAAUGGAAAAUGAAAAACAAGAAUUUCUUAUUGGACAGGUUCGGGUCGUCCAACCCUGUUUCAGUCGUGUUCUUCUGUUUGGUGCCUAAUGAACAUGAGUGUUUCCCAGCGGUCAUGUUAGGGGUCGGCCAUCUUGUUUGCCUCAGUCCUUCCCCACCCUUCUGAGGGAGGGUCUCGUUUGUGUUUAUCUACUUUAACAAUAAAAAAAAUCUUUAGCAAUCUACACACAAUGACAAAUCAAACUGUUUUUUUUCUGCUAAUUUAUUCAAAACAAAAAACAGUACCUUAUGUAAAUAAGUAUUCAGACCCUUUGCUAAUGAGACUCAAUUGAGCUCAGGUGCAUCCUGUUUCCAUUCAUCCUUGAGCUGUUUCUACAACUUGAUUGGAGUCCACCUGUGGUAAAUUCAAUUGAUUGGACAUGAUUUGGAAAGGCACACACCUGUCAAUAUAAGGUCCCAGAGUUGACAGUGCAGUCACAGCAAAAACCAAGCCAUGAGGUCGAAGGAACUGUCCGUAGAGCUCCAAGACAGGAUUGUGUCGAGGCACAGUUCUGAGGCAGGGUACCAACACAUUUCUGCAGCAUUGACGGUCCCCAAGAACACAGAGGACUCCAUCAUUCUUAAAUGGAAGAAGUUUGAAACCACCAAGACUCUUCCUAGAGCUGGCCGUCCGGCCAAAUUGAGCAGGAGAGAAGGGCAAUGGUCAGGGAGGUGACCAAGAACCUGCUGGUCGCUCUAACAGCCCUCUAGAGUUCCUCUGUGGAGAUGGGAGAACCUUCCAGAAUGAUAACCAUCUUUGCAGCACUCCACCAAUCAGGCCUUUAUGGCAGUGGCUAGACGGAAGCCACUCCUCAGUAAAAGGCACAUGACAGCCCUCUUGGAGUUUGCCAAAAGUCACCUAAAGACUCUCAGACCAUGAGAAACAAGAUUCUCUGGUCUGAUGAAACCAAGAUUGAACAUUUUUUGCCUGAAUGCCAAGCGUCACAUCUGGAGGAAACCUGACACCAUCCCUAUGGUGAAGCGUAGUGGUGGCAGCAUCAUGCUGUGGGGAGAUUUUUCAGUGGCAGGAACUGGGAGACUAGUCAGGAUCAAGGUAAGAUGAACAGAGCGCUCCUUGAUGGAAACCUGCUCAGGACCUUCGACUGGGGGGCGAAGGUUCACCUUCCAACAGGACAAUGGCCCAAAGCACACAGCCAAGACAAUGCAGGAGUGGCUUCGGGACAAGUCUCAAAGUCCUUGAAUGACCCAGCCAGAACCCGGACUUGAACCCCAUAAAACAUCUCUGGGGAGACCUGAAAAUACCUGAAGAGCAAUGCUCCCCAUCCAACCUGACAGAACUUGAGAGGAUCUGCAGAGAAGAAUGGGAGAAACUCCCCAAAUACAAGCUUGUAGUGUUAUACCCAAGAGAACUCGAUGUCAUCACUGCCAAAGGUGCUUCAACAAAGUACUGAGUAAAGGGUCUGAAUACUUAUGUAAAUAUUAAAGUUUUUUUUAUUUGAAAUAAAUGAGCAAAAAUGUCUGUUUUUGCUUUGUCAUUAGAGUUUUGUGUGUAGAUUGAGGGGGGGAAACUAUUUAAUACAUUUUAGAAUCAGGCUGUAACAAUGUGGAAAAGGUCAAGGGGUCUGAAUACUUUCCCAGGGCACUGUAAUUACGUACAUAUGCUAAUUAAGUGAUUCACCGUUUUGAUUCAAAGUUAAGCUGUUUUAACAAUUAUUUUGUAUCAAGUCCAUAUUGUAUCAAAGACUGAAUGUAUAUUGUAAAAAAGGUAAUCAUUACUUGUGCUACUUAUACUGAUCUGGAUAAUUAUUCUGUUUGUUGAUGAUGUAGAGAACUGUAUAUUAUAUACAUACUUAUAGAAAGAAUAUGAAUCAAGGAUGUAGAUUUUAAACUUGUAGUUUUAAUCUCAGUUUUCAGGUACAUAUGUAUAAUACUGUUACCAUGACGAUAAAGGCCAGACCAGGUCUAAUUUCUCUCCAGGUUUUGUUUGUAUAGAUUCUUUCCCAAUUUUUCUCUGGAAUGCUGAGUUGUGGCUGCAGGGAACAUUGCAUUGAAAUCUUUCAAUAUCUGCUGUUUCUUAGUAAUAAACCCAGACCUGGUAUA